GGGUAGAACCGCCACCCAGAUCACCAAGCAGGACAGACCUGAUUCGGGGACCCCGGCAACAAAGACGUCUGUUGUGUUGGGGUCGGAGCGCGCCGCUGAGAGCCGGCCGUUGUGCGGACCUUAUGGAAAUGAGGAUGGAAACGUCUGGACGUCCCAGAACAACGCAACACUGUGGACCGUCCUGCCAGCCGCCACGCAACACGCCGUUUCCUGUGUGUGUGUGUGUGUGUGUGUGUGUGUGUGUAUGUGUGUGUGCGACUGAAUCACAUGUGAGUCACAUGUGUGAUUGUGUGUUAAGUGUGAUUGUGUGUGUGCGUGUUUGCACAUGCGUGCGUGGGUAUGAUUGGGUGUGUGCGUGUAUAAGAUUGUAGGUGUGUGAGUGUGUGUCUGUGAUUAUACGUUUUAUAAUUGUGUGUAUGUGUUUGAAAAAACAGCAUGUGUGUGCAAACAAGUGCGUCGAUUAUUGUGUACAUAGAGUGUGCCUAAAAGAUAUAUAAAAAAAUGACAGGAUGUUUUCUCUCUUUUAAUUCCUUCUGGGCUUCAUUAUUUUGUAUAAACUAUAUCUAUCUUGCAGAAUAUGUACAUAUUAAGGCUUUUAUUAAAUGAUACGUUAAAUGAUAUCUAUUUCAUUGUUAAUGGUUUAGGGCUGGUUGAAUGUGGGUGUGUGUGUGUGUGUGUGUGUGUGUGUGUGUAUAACGUGUGUGCGUGAGUGUUUAUGAGCGUGUUUGAAUCACCAGUGAGUAAGUGUUGCGUGUGGCAGCUUGCAGCGGGGCUGAUAAAAGCAGCGCUCCGGGACACAUGCCGGGAUAAGAGUUGUGAGCCUCCCGGGAUACACCAGAACUCACAGGAUCUAACACUACCUAUCACAAGAACCUGGGACUGAAGCUAUUCCAUCAUGACCUGGGUCCACUUCUGCGGGAUUCUAGCUUUCGUUGUGGUCGUCCACGGGACGUUUACACAGCACAACUCCGGUCAACGAUGCGACUGCAACCGGAAGUCGCGCUACUGCGUGCUGGACGCGGAGGGGAUGCGCUGCUUGGAUUGCCGCGGCAACACCACCGGGCGGCGCUGCGAGCACUGUGAAGUCGGCUUCUUCCGCUGGGUACCCGGGCAGCACUGCAGCCCCUGCCGGUGCAGCCCCUCAGGGUCUGUGGCCUCCACGUGUGACAGCAGGGGGCGCUGCAGCUGUAAAGAGGGGGUAACGGGAGACAAAUGCGACCGCUGCACCAACGGAGCUCCACUCGGACCCAACGGCUGCACAGGAGCUGUCCUCAGAGACGAGCCUGUGGAUCGGUCCACUUCCUGUUUCUGCCAUGGCCACGCCUCCAGCUGUGGUGUCGCCCAUGGAUACGCUGCCCACCCCAUCGAGUCCAAAUUCACUGAUGGGCCGGAGGGCUGGCAGUUGAGCACGGGUCGCGGGGUGUUGACGUCACAGGUCCAGUUCCGCUGGGUGCCGAUCCACGAGGACCUGGAGGUCAUCUCUCAGAACAGCCUGCCCACCUACCUCAACGCCCCUGCUCGUUACCUCGGUAACCAGGUGCUGAGCUAUGGCCAGAACCUGAGCUUCUCCCUGCGUCUGGACCGCGGCGUGCGCCACCCCUCCACCAACGACGUGGUCCUGGAGGGGGCCGGCCUCCGGGUGGGAGCCGCGCUGGGGGAGCUGAGGUCCAUCAUCCCCUGCGGACAGAAGAUCCCCUUCAGCUUCAGGCUGGAUGAGCGUUCAGGCAGCAAGUGGAGGCCCAAGCUCUCCCAGCUGCAGUUCCAGUCCCUCCUACACAACCUCACGGCGAUCAGGAUCCGGGCCACGUUCGGAGAGGACGGGCGCGGUUACCUUGACAACGUCAGCCUGAUGUCAGCGCGCGGCGGCGGCGCCGGUGGCCCCGCCCCCUGGGUGCAGAGCUGCGUGUGUGAGCCGGGGUACCAGGGCGCGCACUGCGGCCGCUGCGGGGCCGGGUUCAAACGCACGUCCCCCGCCGACGGGGCCUUCGGCGCCUGCGAACCAUGUGACUGUAAGGCGGGAAGCUGUGACCCCGACACAGGCGACUGCUUCUCUGCCGACGAGACGCAGAGGUCCCAGGCCUGCCCCGGCGGUUACUAUAGCGACCCGAACCAGCCGCUGUCCUGCGCGAGGUGCCCGUGUGCCGGGGGCGCGGGGUGCUCCCUGAAGCCCGGCUCGCUGGAGGUCCAGUGUGACAACUGCCCCCCUGGGGUCACUGGCUUCCGCUGCCAGCUGUGCGGGAACGGUCUGUACGGCGACCCCCUGGGGGAGAGGGGGCCGCAGAGGCCCUGCCAGGCCUGCGCCUGCCCCGGGCGCGGGGACUCCCUGGAGGGCACCCACUGCGACCCGUUCAGCGGGGAGUGUCUGAAGUGUGUGGACGAGAGCCGGGACGGGCAGCCCAAGGCCUGCCCCGAGGGCUCCUACCACAGCCGCCUGACGGACGCGUGCGAGGCCUGCAAAUGUGACCCGAUAGGCUCGUUGUUCAGCCUGUGCAGCGCGGAGGGCCAGUGUACCUGCAGGGAGGGCUACCAGGGACGCAGGUGUCACCGCUCCACCUGUCCGUCAUGCUUCCAGCCAAUCAUCUCCCAGGUGGAGGGCUACGCCGCUGAACUCCGGGAGCUCGAGAAGCUGUUCUCCAACCUGGGCGGAGGUACCGGCUCCGACAGCACCCACCAGCUGGACACCGCCCUUAAAGCCGCCGGCGUGCUGGUGACAGAUCUCACAAAUACCGUGGACACACUCAAAGUGUCGGAGCGGCAUCUCCAGUUGCGUGUGACCAGCAUUAGCGACCAGCAGCUGGAAGAGAGCCAGGACGUCCAGAGUCUGACGCGCGCCGCCGCCCGGCUCCGCCAGGAGCAGGCGGCCUACGACACGCGCAGCGCGGCCGUGCAGACGCUCAUCGACCAGAUGACGUUCACGCUGAAAGACGCCAAGGCCAAGAUCCAGGCAGCGGAUCUUCCUCAGGGUGACGAGGCCCAGGCCGUGAGCAACAACCUCUUCUCCACCCUGAUCACCAAGGCCAAAGAGCUGGCUGAGAGACACCUGGUGAAGGCGGAGGAGGUGGAGCAGAGUGCCGGGGACGCCCUCGCCGACUCUGGGAAUAGCCUGGCUCUCAUGAGGGGCCUCAUGUCCCGGGAGAACCAGGUCAAGAAGCUGCUGGGAAACCUGAACAACAUGUAUGACAAAACCUCCGGCCAGGUGAAGACCAUGGAGAACCAGGCUACUCGCCUGAGCAGCCAGGCUGGGGUUGAGAGCCAACUGGCUGGGGACAUGUUGAAGCAGAUCACCGGUAUGGAGCCGGCCAUCGGCGCUCCUAUCCAGGUAGAUGAUCUGGUGUCGAGGCUGGACACCCUGACGGAGCAGGUCUCGCCCAACAUCUUGGCCUCCCGAGCGCUCCUGAAGGAUGUGGACCAGGACGAGGAUCUGGCGCGGGGCCUCCUGAAACAAGGCCACGAUGCUCAGAAGGUGUACGACGGUCUGCUGGUCAGGGCCAACGCUGCCAAGGCCGAAACCGAAGGGGCGCUGAGUGGAAUCAAGAGCAACUUGAAAGGAGUGGAAGACACCCUGGCUUCACUGAGAGGGUUUGACCAGAGCAUCGACGAAGGCAAGAAGCUGGCCGACGCAGCCAUUGCCAGACUCCCGGCCAUCAACGGCACCAUUCAGCAGGCGGUCUUGAACAACGGCCAGACCCUGAACCUCCUGGAGGACUUCUCCCAGGACUACACCAACACCCUGGCCACCAUCGCAGAGCUGGAGACAGAGGUGGCCGGCCUGGAGAGCGGCGUGGGUUCCCUGGAGCCUAGCAGCGGCCUGGUGACAGAUGCCACCAAACUGAGGCAGGAUCUGGAAGGUAUGGCGCAGCGGGCCGGAGCCAUGCAGGGAAAGGUGAAGGGGGAGCUGGCCAGCUCGCAGACGCUGCAGAUGGACGCCGAGCAGGCUGUCUCGGAUGCUGAGGCUGCCCAUGACAACGCCAUGGAUACGAGGGAUGCCGUGGCAACAACUUUGCAGAAGGUCAGCGACUUGCUCAACAUGAUCGGCCAGUCCGGCAGCCUUGAUGAAGAGCGCAUAGCUGAGCUGGAACGCUCCCUGGCCGACGCCCAGAAGAGAGUGGACAAGGACCUCAAGCCCCGCCUCCACAACAUGGAGGACCUGGAGGCGGCGCAGCGGCGCCUCCUGGGGGGUCUGAACGUGGACAUCGACAAAAUCCUGUACGACAUCAACAACCUGGAGGUCAUCCUCAAAUCUGUGCCCUCAGGCUGCUAUAACACCCCCCCCAUCGAGCUGGCCUAAGCCCCUCCCCCUGAUCCCUCCCUAUCCCUGUGCCCCUACAUUCAACUGAGGUUGAACCCCCAAUUGAGGCCACACCCCCUUCUCCCUCUAAAGUGGCCUUAAGAACCCAUCUCCCCAAGCUCACCCCGCAGCCUUCAGCCCCGGCCCCUGUCCUCCCCCCAACCUAGAGGUUCGAAGCCACACCCCCUCCACAUGUUUUCAUGAACUGCACUGAGGAGCGAAAUGAUGAAUGAAAGUUAGGCUAGCGUUUGAAAACUAGCAUAGCGUUUGAAAGCUAGCCUAGCGUAGGACAGCUAGUGUAGUGUUUGUCGGAUCAGAUCGGUACGAUCGCUGAACUUGGAAGAUGGGUUUAAGUGUUAGAAAUAGCGUGUUUUAUAGUGUAUAUAUCUAUAUCUAUAUAGAUAUAUAUAUCUAUAUAGUAGGGGUGUGCCAAAUAAUCGUCAUGACGAUGCAUCGCGAUUCUAAUUUUCACGAUUCUAAUUUUCACGAUCUACUGCAUCGAUUGUUGACGCCAAGAAUCGAUUAUUAAUUUAUUAAUUUUAAUAUAUAUAUAUAUUUUUUUUUUUAUAUAGUUUUAUAAAGCCUAUUCACUUUUUGUGGCAUCAGUUUGUCCUCUUAUGUUUAUGAAAUGAUAUUGUUGUUAUAAUGGCAGCUACUUCCAAAAGGGGAAAUGUUUGAAUGUUUUAAUUUCAUUGGUUUAAAGGACCACUGAGGCCAUGUAAACGGCACUGAUUAUCCUUAUUUUGUUAUUUUAAGUUUUAUAGUUCCUUAGCACUUCUUGUCAGUGUAUCCAGUAAUAGUCGUUUCAAUAAAUACAGCUAUGUAUGAAUUGAGUUGCUUUGAGUUAUCAAUUGAACACACUAUCCAGAUCAUACACAGCCAGUCAGCCACUGGUAAUGGCUUAAUUUUUUUUUAACAGUGUUCAGUGAAAAUUCGCAAUGCAUCGCAAUGCAUCGCAAUAAUUCAAGUAUCGCGAUGCAUCGUGAUAGAAUCGCAUCGUGGCAUGUGAAUCGUGAUACGAAUCGAAUCGUGACUUCUUUGGCAAUACCCACCCCUACUAUAUAGUGUAUCUGAGACUGUGAUUACUAGUCGAUGACGAGGCUGGUGGUAUUUAUACAUGUACAUAAGAUCAAUAUUGUUAAACUUUGUUUGUUUGUUUUCUUGGCGUCAGUAUUAAGUCAAGAAGACAAGAUCAUGUGACUAUUUAAUUUUUUUUAUACAUGUGGCGCCCACCCUUUGCCCCAUAAUACACUCAGUUUUCACCAUUAAUAUUAACAACACUCUCUUGUCUUUUCUUGUUUCUUUUUGUUCAUUCUAAUUUAUAAUCUAAAAAUUGUAAACAUUUAGUUAUGUUUAUUUCGAUCAUAAAACUACAAUAGUCUGAAUAUUGGGAGCUAGUCAUUACAACCACAGUCUUCUACUGCUGGACACUGGGAGCCGACCAGUACAACCACAGUCUUCUACUGCUGGACACUGGGAGCCGACCAGUACAACCACAGUCUUCUACUGCUAGGUACUGGGAGCUGCCGAGUACAACCACAGACUUCUACUGGUGUAUCACCUAUCUGGUGAGUGUGGUGCGUUUAUAUAGAAAUUCUGUAAAUCAGGGUUUUAAAUAGUUUUAUUAUGGGAUGUUUCGUUGUUAAGAUUUAACAUGGAUUUCCUUACAGUGUUUAGGGCAUCAGACUAUACAAUCUCUACCUGUGAGUCUACAUAACUCUUAUUCACACACACACACACACACGCAUACCUCUCUAAAACUAACAACCCCAUUGACAUACACACAUUCGCACACACAAACUCACACAACAAACAUUCCGACGUAUACACACAUAAAAAGGAUGUGCCAUUCAUUUUGAAGAAUCCCCCCAUUACGACUUUUCAGAAAUUGGUCGCACUGAAACUAA